CGCAGAGCUUUUUUCUUCUCUUUUUUUUUCCCUCCUCCUCUCCCUCUGAGCCUUCAGAUGAAGUUCACUGCUACGCCUCAGUCACGUGUCUCCCCUCCGUGAAGGCUUUGCUCUCCGCGCGUCGUCAGUCAGUGCAGCCCGCGAUGUUGAGGCUGAGAUGUGAGACGCAGCUCAGAGGGAUUCACCAAUAAGAGGCAAAGUUAUGGCACGUCCAUCCCCGCAGAUAAAGGUGCCGCAGCUAUCUCUCUCUGCCAAAAGUCCACGCACGGCAUCCUGUCUCUCUGGUGACGCUCACGUCUCACUCGGAUGCACAAACCGGAGCGAGAAACCCCCAAAUUACGCAUCAAAUUGAACUAAUUCAAACAGAGACAGCGGCGCGUCAACACUUCAGAGUUAAUUUGAGUGAGGGGCAAAAUGCAACAGGCCUGUAAAGUGAAGAUAACAACUGGCGCACAGCUACACACGGUGUAAAAUUGAUGUCAAUGCAGCCAUAGAUUCAAGUCCCUGCUACCAAACCUGAGAAUGACACACAGAGAAUAAGACUUCUCUGUGACUUCUGUCUUCAUCUCCACAGCCUUCAGGCAUACUACCAAAACAGCACAGCAGUGACACCAAGGCAGCCAUGAACCUGUUCCGGAAGGAUCCCAUGACCACCAAAAAGGAAAAAGAGAAAGACAUCCAGUAUGAGGAUCCUCCAGAUGGGGGCUGGGGCUGGAUGGUGGUCCUGCAUUGCUUCCUGGUUAAUGUCCUUGUUAUGGGAACACUGAAGAGCUUCGGGAUCUUCUUUGUAGCUUUCCAAGAUGAGUUUGGAGGCUCAGCAGAGAGCAUCAGCUGGAUCGGGUCCAUCAUGUCAAGUCUGCGUCUGUCUGGAGCACCCAUUGCCUCUGUGGCCUGUGCCAAACUGGGGGCCAGGGUGACCUCCAUUGCCGGGGCAGUGCUGGUUAGUGGAGGCUUCCUCAUGAGUAUUUUUGCCAACAGUGUAAUCUUCCUCUACAUCAGUAUGGGAGUAAUAGUUGGAAUGGGUUUUGCACUACUAUACCAAUCCUUCUCAGUGGUCACAGCACUCUACUUCCGAAAGAGGUUAGCAACAGCAUAUGCCAUUGGGCGUUCUGGGAUGGGUUUGACCUUUGCCCUUGCCCCUUUCACUCAGCUGCUCCUGGACCAGUAUGCUUGGCAAGGGGCAAUGCUAAUUCUUGGUGGUCUCAUGCUGAAUCUGGUGGCCUCUGGGAUGCUUCUGCGACCCAUCAAUGUGAAGGCAGCUGCUGUUUUGAGCCCUACCUCUCCCAUUCAAAAGAGCCCUGCUGUCUCCCUCAAGAGCUCCUCAGAGAAGGAAUACACAAAGAGCUGUUUGAAUGGCUCUUCUCACUUAUCCAAUGGCAUCUCCAAAUCAGACUCAUUCCCAUCCCCUCCUCCUCCUCCUCCCCCCUCUUCCCCGAGGGACACUGAGAACCGGGGGGAUCAGUGCACUCAGGAACUGCAGGACCAGUCAGUGAACCCUGAACUGACCAGACUGGUCCUCAAUGGUGUAAAUGGCCACGACCCCCACCAUGACCAGCCCACACCUCCAGAGAGCUCCCCAGAACUCAACGGCAGCAUGAAUGGGUCCACCAUUGUUGGAUUUUCUUCACAUGCUAGCACGCCUGGUGAGGUAACUGUCAGAAAAGCCAAAGUACUGGAUUGGUCCUUGUUAAAGGACCCAUUCUUUUGCAUCUACACCUGGUCCUUAGUCUUCAGCCAACUGGCCUACUUCAUCCCCUAUUUCCACCUGUCUGCACGAGCCAGAACCCUGGGCAUCGACGCCAUGGAUGCCUCAUUUAUCAUCUCUGUGGCAGGUAUCACAGAAACCAUUGCCCAGCUGGCCUCAGGCUGGGUCACAGACAGAAAUUUGUUUCACAAGUAUCACUAUCACAAGGCCUACCUGAUCCUUUGUGGACUGGUCAACCUACUGUCCCCUCUGGCCACCUCCUACAUCCUGCUGAUGGUUUACGCCAUCUUCUUUGCCAUCUUCUGCGGGGGCUACAUGGCACUACUGCUGCCUGUCCUGGUUGAUCUCGUGGGCUCUGAGAAACUCAACAACUCCAUGGGCUUCUCUAUGUUCUUUGUUGGCCUGGGUUGCCUCACAGGGCCUCCUUUGGCAGGAUUUCUGUACGACUACACUCAGACGUACGACUGUUCUUUUUACCUGGCCGGCCUCUGCUAUCUGCUCUCCUCUCUGUCUCUGUUCAUGGAGCCACUGGCUCAGCGUUGGAAGGCCAGGAAGAAAUUAGCCCAAUCCAAGACAGCUGAGAGCAGCUGUAAAACCAACGGCUGCUUCACCCCUGACCGGCUGCAGAACGGCGCUGUGUAGAGGAAUGAAAACCAGGGAAUGCCUUCGUUCUUGAACCAGCAUGCUCAUGACUUGCCUUGGGCCUGCAUACCUUAGACCUGAAUGUGACUCUGGCCUAAGGUUACACCCUAAGUGACCCCUUUAUUUCUGCAGAGAAGAUUAUGACUCCAUGAUGACUAAGAACAUUUAUAUCAUAGGACAUUGGUGAAUAGUGAUUGUGGUGUACGUCGUAAGAGCCAAAAUUUAGCAUUUUGCAAAAAUAUUAUACCCUGUUUAUCUUAUAAGAGGCACAUGUAUCAAACCUGAAAAUGGUAUCACACAAUAGACAUCCAGCACUUUUUUACAGGAGCUCUGCAACCAUAACUUAUUAAAGCAUAUAAUUCUAUUUUCAAUAAUAUUACAAUCACUUUACAGUAACAUCCGAAUGCACAUAAAUUGAUGGUACUUAGCUAUGCAUUUAAACUAAAUGUUUUUCAUGUAAUGGAAGCACAUAAUUGAAGAUCAACCUUCUUUGGAAACCUCCUGUAUCUGUAUACCUGUACUCACAGACAUGCACUUUGGGCCAGGUUAUGAUAAUGCUGCAUGAUAUUUCCUCUGACCUUUUACUGCCAGAUAGUUACGAUACUGAGUAAACUACAUGAUUACGGCCUGCUUCUGUGACAUAAUACUAUAAUCUGCAAAGCCAAAAAGCAAUUAAAGCUUCAGUAGUUUAACAGACAGAAAAUGUGUAUCUUGCCCCGACAAGAGCAUUGUAGGCAUGGGGUUUAUUGUAUAGCAUGUACUGGCAUUUAUUAAAAAAAAAAAUAAUGUUUUAUAUUAAACUAAAAACCUCAGUUGUAACCUCCAAGCACUACACAUCAAACUAGAGACUGCCAUUUGCCUAUUGUGAGACGAUGAUGGUAAGUUGGUGAUGACACUUUAAUGUAAGAUAAAGGUCACACCUAGCUUAUCACGUGGGCCGUCCUAUGCAAGUGCACGCAAACUCACACAGAUUUUGGUGUGACUGUCAGGACACACGCACUCACUGUCCUUUUGGAUUCUAUGUGAAAACACGUUUGGUCGAGUUUUAAUCUGAAUAUUUUGAACACAGUUGGACCAGCGGCCAACGGAGCUGACGGGCUCCACUGAAACAGCAGGGUUUUCUUUCUUUACAGUGUCAACUUUUUAUGUCUGUGUGAAUCUCUGACCAGCUGUAUUACAGGACGUUUGCUGAUGUUGCCCGGAUAAAUUCGCACUGCACGUUACCCCAACUGGAAACUGUUGCACAGCCUCUUCAGUGCCUGCAGGCAGCCAACUAAUGGCAAUGCAACUUUUAAUUAUGUUGUGUUAUACAUGGGAGUCUUAUUGGUUGUGGAAUCUUUUUUUAAUGCAGUAGAUGUUUAUUUUGUGUUUUCAGUGGGUUCCUUGUUUUUCACCACUGUUUGCCUUAUAAGGUACUGAAAUGUAUCUUUACUAACUUCCUGUGAUGUCAGCCAAAGACACAUUAGAAAUCUACCUACAACUUGAAGCUUAUUUUUUAGGAAACAAUGUGGACAGUGUUGAUAAUUUCUAACCUCUGUGACCAUCCGUUAUUCUAAGCCAUCUCCAUGGCCUAAUAUGUAUGUGUUUUGUUACACUGCCCUCUUGUGGGUGUGGAAGACUUCUACUCAAAGAAUGCUGUCUCAAUUAGUACCAAAUUAUUCCCCCUCAACUCACUUUCACAAUACUGAGCAAGGCUCUUUGUAUUGUUUCAAUAAGGACAGUCAUGCACAAAAGCUCUUUUGGCUCACGAGUUACAUUCACCACCGCUAUGUUCCUGAGAUUGAGGGCCACUGAAUAUUUUGUACUAUAAGUCUUUUAUGAAAAGUUUUUGAUGCUUUAAGAGUAGGUUUUGGAUUUUACUUAUUAGUCAUUUGGUUGUUUUACAGAGGUGUGUGCUAAAGCAAUACCUUAAAGAAAUGUAUAUCCUGUUGGUGAUGUGUCAAAUAUCACUGAUAAGGAACUGAGCUCCAUCUGACGCUGUUUGAUCAUAUAUGUUGGUUACAUUUAUGGGUGAAGCACCGUUUUGUCACUACUCUGGCUUCUGGAUUUGUUAACUGAUCAAGUUUAGAGAUUAUACUUAACCAAUCAAAGAUAUCCUGUUCCCAUAGAGUUCAUUUUAACAAUGCACCGUCAGCAGUAAUAAACUGGCGUGUUUCUCAAUGUCUCUGUUCUUGUGUGAUUCAGAAAUCAGAGCAAUAAAUUCGCUG